AUAGAAUGCUGUUAUAAUUUUAGCUGAGGGUGGUUUUACAUUUACAAAUUGUGGCUACAUAACCUCAAAACAUCAACUGAAGAAUGUAUUAAAAAUAUUUGUUAAAGAUGACCAAAAGGUUUGGAAAUUUCGAAAUUACAAAUAAUAAAAGACCAAAAUUGGAGGAGAACUUAGACGAAUUAUGGGGUGAUGAUCUGGAUGAUGAUGCUUUUGAUGACUGUAUUCGAAUUGCAACUCAAGUUGAAGAAAAAAUUGUUGCCACUCAAGACCAAAAUCUAUCAAUAGUACCAAAUUACAAUGCCUUCAAAGCUCCAGCAAAUCUUUUCUCAUCAACACAAAUGAACAAUUCUAUUCAAAUAGCAACAACCAGUGACAAUGAGGAGUUAAAAAGGAUGAAAGGUCAAAUUGAAGAAAAGGUUGGGGAAAUAUCAAUUUUACGCAAGCAAUUACAAGAUACCAAAACCAAACUGUACCAGGAGCAGCAGAAGACAAUUCAACAAUACAAUGAAAAACUUCAAACAACACAGAAGGAAUUUAGUGUUUUACAAAGUGAAUUAGAGUUUAAAAAUUUGGAAAUAUCAAAUUUGAAACAGAAAAUUUUGAAUAUAACAAGACAUAAUUUUGAGGUAAGCCAGGCAAGUUCUUCCAAAUGUUUAUUUAAUAAAACUCAAAUGCAUCAUGGCCAUCAACACUUCAAAAAUACAAAUAAUAAAAAGCAGCCUAUUUUGGAUCCAAUUUCUCCAUUGGGUGAAUUUGCAUCAACAAAUAUUUUUACUACUUGCUAUCAAGAAAAUUAUUCACUAGACACAAUAUUAAAUAAACAAUACAGAAAUACAAUUUCUUAUUUAAAAAAUGUAUCUGAUGAUGAUUUAUUAAAGAACAAAUCAGUGGCUUCUGAAAUUAAUGGGAAAGAAUUAAAUUUAGAUUAUAUUUAUCCAGAAAUCUCAUAUUUAGUUAAUUGUGCUGUGAAUGAAUUAGAUUUGGAAGAAAAUGUGUGCAAAAUACAUAAAAUUUUAUGUGUUUCCAUUCAGUUGUUAACAGAUCUGAAAGAAAAUUUGUUAAUUUUAAAGUCUAAAUUAAGAGCUGAAGACAUACAACAAAUAGAUGCUUGUUAUUUGAAGCAUGAUUUUGUUAAAUCUGAUACAUUAAAUUCAGAUCAAAUAUUUGAACGAGACAAAAUGGGAAUAAAAGCAGGACAAACAAUUUUAUUAAUAUCACGCCUGUUACCUCAUAGUUUGUAUUUAAGGAAUUAUUUAAUAUAUGGUAAAAAAUUAGAAGAGUGUGAUAGCAGCUUUACGUUUACAAAGAACAAAUAUGAAGAACCAAACUACUACCUGGAAUUAAUAGAAAGUAUAACACAACUCAUUGGUCAAAUUAGAUCUUCCCAUGAAAUGUCUGGGUUUUUAUACAGUGUUGUUGAAUUAUUAAUAGUUAUUUGUGAAGGAAAUUAUUUUGAUGAUGUGUGGUAUAAUAUUUGUAAAAUCUCCAAGUUUGUAAUAUUUUCUCGUCCUUUAUACAUUGUUAUUUGUAAAUUUACGUUUUUAUUGAAACAUGCAUCUGUUUAUCCCGUUUAUGUAGAUUAUAUUUUUAAACGUGUGAAAGAUUCGGGAAAAGCAAGUUUAAAACGUGGAGUUUUAUUGUUUAAUGAAGAUUCUUGUUGCUUUCAUGUGUUUGCUGUCUUGUUUGCUAACACAGUGUUUAAACAAAAGGAAUUCCCGAUAAAAGUGUGCAUCAAUAUGUUGUCAUUUAUGUAUAACACUUUCAAAAAAUCCACAUCUUUGCACUACAAAGAUAUAAUGAUAUGUGAGUGUGUAGUGCAAUUAUACAAACUGGAAAUCGACGUUGUUUUCCACGCGUUGGAUAUCUAUAACAACCACAUUAAAUGUGGCAAACUUCUACCAGAAGACUGGAACACCUUUUUCAAACAUGAGAUCACGACGAAAGUCUUGCACUUGAUGACGUUUAAUUCGUACGAGUUGACGGAAAAAUAUGUUUCUGUAUAUUCAGAAUACAAAGAAAUACAACUAAAUAUUCUUGAUCAUAACUUGGAUGAAUUAGAGAAGCUGGCAAUUGUGGAAGAUACUCCAGACAUUCCAAACAACCAUAAGAUGUUUAGUCUUUUAUAAAUUAAAUGUAUUGUAUGUUUUUGUUAGUCUUUAAAAUACCAUGAUUUGGUAAAUUGUUAAAUAAACAGUUAUAUUUUCAUA